UACAGUUGAGAACUGAAAUCGUUUGUAGUUAUAAGAUACUCAUACAUUUGUUAAUAUACACACGUAUAAAUAUUUAUUUACAUUUUUUUCACUCGUGGAGAGAGAGACUUGAAUUCAGUUAGAAAAUAUCAACGACGAGUGCGUCACCAAUUCUAUCCAAAUUUGCUUUUAGUCAGUCUAUCUUUUCCAUAUUGUGUGUAAAUCAUUUUGUGUGCUCAUAAAAAAAAAGUUUAAUUUCAAAAUAAAAUUUGAAUAGUGAAUUUAGUAAAACUUUUUAUAUUUAUGAGCAGUUGUCGGUAACCGAGCUACUAUUGUUUGGCAUAUUUUUUUUUUAUUUUUGCGUUAUAUAACUAAUUGGCAAUAGCACGGGCGAAUUAGAACGGUUAACCGGUAACUGGCUACCAAAUCUGUAAAAAUCACACACGCCAACGGAAAAAUAUAAAAGUGAUAAGAUCGAAAAAUGGUAUUCUCGAUACAGAAUUCAGAAACAGGGGAAAUGGACUACACGUAUCGUCCCCUGUGUUCGGUAAAACAUCAAGAUUUUGAUAUGGAGACUGGUGAACCCUUAAACGGCCCAAAAUGGAAAGUUCGAUAUGUCAAAUAUGAAAAUUUCCACAUACCCAAAAAAUAUCUACGAGUCCACCCCGCCGAGGAAAUGGACACAAAAAUUACCACUUUCUGCGAUGACGAGUAUUCACAAACAGAUAUCCAUGUAAAACCAUUUGCCACGGCGACCAAAUCAGAAGAGAAAUGUGGUAAACAAUAUAAAAAGGAGGAUUUCAUGAAUAUGGACGGAGUUAAAAAUGAUAUCCUCUUGGGUUACACUAAGGAGACGUAUAUACUUUUUCUCAUUCCAUCACUAUUUUACUUCACAUUGACUUUUAUUCUGGUUGCCAUUGAGGGAUUUUUACACUACUGGGCACACAAGAAAAACUCCUUAAACACGAAUAAAUCCUAUUACUUCCGCAGCCCAUUGCAUCUGUUGACAUCCCAGUUUUGCGCGCGUUGCCGUUGUGAAUGUGAAAUGGAGAUAAAAAUUUUCCAAACGCUAAACAAGCAAAUGCGCAAAGUUAGACAUUCGAGAGCGCUGAAAGAUGUGACCAAAAUAAUAACAUAAAUUUUGAAUUUGCUUUUAUUUAUGGAUCUAUAAAAAACAAAGUUGAUAUUUUAUUUUAAAUACGACGGCGGUUCUGCGUUACCCCAGCGACUUGGAUUCAAAUCCAAUCAAAGAAUAUAACUUUGGCAUUAUAUACCAAAAAUUUAUUGGGAAUGUUUUACUAUAUUACUACAACAACAACCACUCCGGGUUAUAUAAACUUUGUAAAUUUUCGAACAUACGUAUGUAAUAGCUCAAAAAAUUGUACAUUAAAAAUGCAAUAUGUUACUUUAUAAAAAAAAAGCUUGCAAGGCUUGAAA